CUGAGCUGAGUGGCGGGCAGACUGCGCAAUGGCUGGCAAGGAGGCGGAGCCGUGGGGGCGGGUUCCCCGUCCCGCUGUCGGCGGCCGGCGGGCAGGCAACUCGUGUCCUGAGUGGAGACAGCGGAGCCGGAGCCGGAGCCCGGGGAGGCGGCAGCGGCUGUCUGACCGACCGCGGCGGUGCCCGCAGCUCCUCACCGAAACAAGGAGACCAGUGCUGGUCCAGUGGCUGUGAUGGGAAAGGAUUAUUAUAAGAUUCUUGGAAUCCCUUCGGGGGCCAAUGAGGAUGAGAUCAAGAAAGCCUAUCGGAAGAUGGCCUUGAAGUACCACCCAGACAAGAACAAAGAGCCCAACGCUGAGGAGAAGUUCAAGGAGAUUGCAGAGGCCUAUGAUGUGCUGAGUGACCCUAAGAAACGGGGCCUGUAUGACCAAUAUGGGGAGGAAGGCCUGAAGACCGGCGGUGGUACGUCAGGUGGCUCCAGUGGCUCCUUUCACUACACCUUUCAUGGGGACCCCCAUGCCACCUUUGCUUCCUUCUUUGGUGGCUCCAACCCCUUCGAUAUCUUCUUUGCCAGCAGCCGCUCCACUCGGCCUUUCAGUGGCUUUGACCCUGAUGACAUGGAUGUGGAUGAAGAUGAGGACCCAUUUGGUGCCUUUGGCCGCUUUGGCUUCAAUGGGCUGAGCAGGGGUCCAAGGCGAGCCCCAGAACCACUGUACCCUCGGCGCAAGGUGCAGGACCCACCUGUGGUACAUGAGCUACGGGUGUCCCUGGAGGAGAUCUACCACGGCUCCACCAAGCGCAUGAAGAUCACAAGGCGGCGCCUCAACCCUGAUGGGCGAACUGUGCGCACAGAGGACAAGAUCUUGCAUAUUGUCAUCAAGCGUGGCUGGAAGGAAGGCACCAAGAUCACCUUCCCCAAAGAGGGUGAUGCCACACCUGACAAUAUCCCUGCCGACAUCGUCUUUGUGCUCAAAGACAAACCCCAUGCACACUUCCGUCGAGAUGGCACCAAUGUGCUCUACAGUGCCCUGAUCAGCCUCAAAGAGGCACUAUGUGGCUGCACCGUGAACAUUCCCACCAUUGAUGGCCGAGUGAUUCCUUUGCCCUGCAAUGAUGUCAUCAAACCAGGCACCGUGAAGAGACUCCGUGGGGAGGGGCUUCCCUUCCCUAAGGUGCCCACCCAGAGGGGAGACCUCAUUGUUGAGUUCAAAGUUCGCUUCCCAGACAGAUUAACACCACAGACAAGACAAAUCCUUAAGCAGCAUCUACCCUGUUCCUAGGCUCUGCCCUGCCAGCCCAGAGUCUACCAGAGCAAUACCGCCUAUUAUCCCUACUCAAUGUGCACCCAGCUCAAUGUCCACUGGACACUGGCAACUUUUUCUAAACGCAAAAAAAGCCUACUGGUUUUCAGGAAAAUGUUCCUGUCCCUGAUCCCCUUAAAGCUGGGCUGCCUUGGGGGAGUGGGGGGAGUGGGGAGAGCUGGCCCAGACCAAGGGUCAAUUUUCAUGUCACUAGCUUUGAAUCCAGUUCCCACUCCAGUGGCUGGAGAGUAACCUGAGUGCUACUUGAAGUUAGAGAUUCCUUGUCCAUGCCUGUAAAUAGCAUGUCCUCCUCCCUCUGUCAGAUACCUUGCUGAUACCUUUCCUCUCUCUUCUCUUUGGCCUCCUCCUGUUGAGGGAAGAAGAGAAUAGAAAGGAUACUACUUUACCACCCCUACCUGAGGACCACAGUGUCCAACACUUGGAGAACCAAGGUUACCACAUCUAUAUUCACGCACAUGAACCACUCACCGAGAGCUGUCUGCAUCUCUCUGAGGUUGAGAUAGGAAGGAAGAUCACAAGGCAGUACCCCGGGAACAGGGCCAUUGAGCACGAGACACUUUUUAUUUGGGGCAGGGAAGUGAACAAGGCCAUCAGCAGCCUCCCAAAAGCUCCCCUGCCUACACACCAUAGAGUAGGAAGUUCUGUCCUCCCUACUGCUCUUAGCGUGUGCAAGGGUAGCGUGAGAGGAAAGGGCUGCCUGCUGUUUUAAGGCUAAGAGAUAAUGAGCAGUGUCCAUCUCCCAGCCUUCAUCAGGAAGAGAAAGGGCUUUGGGGGCAGGUGGCAGCUAUUCUCCACCAAGAGAUUCAGGGUCACAGGUUUCUCCCCACACCUCUGAACUCAGGGCCUAGCCACCCUCAAACUUCCAAAUCCCACUUUUGUGAUAUGUGAAGCUACUUAUUUCUUACCCAUCUCAGAGGCUGUGUGGGAAAUUUCCAGCCCUUUUAUGCCUGUGUAACCCCACCCCAUCCCCACAGUUGUAUAAAGGUCAAACAGUGAAGGAGCUGGGAGAAAGACUGGUUCAGCCAGGUCCUGGGAUGGGGUCUUUAGAUUUUCUCACUUUGACAAGCCCUUGAAUGUUUUUAUAGUAGUUUUUUUGUAUUUUUUUGUAAUGACAGUAUUAUGGAAAAAAAAUAAAGUAUUUUAAAAAUA